AUGACCUCGCUGGAACGUGCUCCGUUUUUCGCGACAUAUCCGAAAACGCGGAACGUCCAGUCAGGUGCAAAUGUGCAAACGGACUCACUCCGCUCAUGCCAACUUGGCAACGAGUUCCGGUCCUCCCCUCUUCCGACACUCCACCCAGAGAAGGAGGAUAGUGAAAGCCGCGCCGGCGGCGGCUCUGCGGCCUCUUAUUCGAGACCGCUUCCCGCCCCCGCCAAGACGCAUCUGUCCGACGCCUCCCUAACGGGAGAAGAACAACCGCACGGCCGCAAGUUCGCGCACGGCCUCGUCCUAGACCUCCCGGCACUCCUCCACCGACUCCUGGCGGGAACGGAGCGGAGGAACAUCGUUCGCGGGAAGCCUUGCGCUCGCCUCCGCGCACGCCUUUGCCAACAGCGCCAGGGCUUUCCUCUCGUCCAGGUCGCGGAACUCUCCCCACACGGCCGCGUCCACCGCGUCCGAGAUAUCCUCGACCGCCUUUGCCUGAUCCUCGGGGGACACCCACUCGCCCUCGUCGGACAGGCACUCCGCUAUCUUCGCCCGCGCGACCGCGAACUCGCCGAGCGCACCGUCUUCGAUCGCCCGGCACGCCUCCGCCUCCGCCCCCUCCAAAACGGCGUCGAACUUCGGCGGCUCGGACGCCGCGAGCAAUCCUCCGAGCCGGCCUGCGAGCCACGUACGCCAAUCCGGCGGGUACGCGACGUCCGCGCUGGCAGCGGGCACGAGCCGCUCCCAGAGCGCGCGCGCGAACCACGCGUGCGCGUGCGUGUCCCCGCAGGCCUCGACGUGCAGCCGGCGCAGCGCGCACGCAGCGACGACGAGACGGACGAGCGUCACUGGGGGGGCGCGGCAGGAGCACAGGAUCGUCCGGCGGCGCCCCGUCAAAGGGUCCAGGAACGGCCCGUAGACGUUGGCCGCGUCGUGCACUGGGAGCCACAUGGCCCGGUUCGCGUCGCUCGAGCAGCCGCAUUUGUCGUACUGCUCGACGGGGAUGUGGUGCUUCCAGCAGCGCUCGAACUUGACGAGCCCGAUGGGAAGCGGGGGGCCGGCUCGGACGGAGGGGGUGCGUCGGGGGUUUUGGAUGUGGUCCAGCCGGGUGACAAUGCAGGAGUAGAGUGGUGCAGGAGACCGAACGUCGUCUACCGAGAUCGUGCGGUCGAUGAGACUGUUCAUGAGUUCGUGGAGCCCCCAGAACGGAGUCCCUCGCGGAGAGUGUCGAGGAACGUCAUGAGAGACCGUAAAAGGAUGAGAGCGGUGGUCGGUGUAGGUGGUGAGAUGUAUGGAAGGAGAGUCGCCCCUAUGGUGAGCGAGCAAUUGAAUGUUUGGAGGUUGGAUAGAAAGGGGUCCGUCGAGAAUUCGCAUGGCGCGGUUGAUUUCGUGUGUUCGCCGCGCGCCGAAGAAAUUCGAACGUUCGAAGGCGCGGCCCCCGAUGAUGGCUCAAAGGAAUUACACUCGCCAUCUCAUUCAGAAAAGACCUGGAUCCAUCUGAAGCGGAAUAGUACACAGGUAGUAUAUCGUGCGCAAGCCUACAAGGCUUUGAGUGCGCGCGGCGAAGAACCAAUGCGCACCCCAUCCUUUGAAGUGAAGCACUCACCUGUCCCUCUCCGGGCAAAGCGGCAAGCUCCUUCCUGCGCGCGAUGUUCGCCUGGAGACGACGUUCCGCCUCCGCGUUCGCCAACGCCAUCAAUGGGUCUUUCCUCUCGCUCAAGUCGCGAAAGUCCCCCCACACGGCCGCGUCCACCGCAUCCGAGAUAUCCUCGACCGUCUUUGCUUGAUCCUCGGGGGAGACCCACUCGCCCUCAGGGGAAAGGCACUCCGCUAUCUUCGCCCGCGCGGCCGCGAACGCGGCGAGCGCGCCGUCUUCGAUCGCCCGACACGCCUCCGCCUCCGCCCCUCCAGAACGUCGUCGAACUUCGGCGGCUCGGGCGAUCCUGCGAUCCUGCCUGCGAGGCGGCUGCGCCAGUCCGACGGGUGCACGACGUCCGCGCUGCCGGCGGGCACGAGCCGCUCCCAGAGCGCACGCGCGAACCACGCGUGCGCGUGCGUGUCCCCGCAGGCCUCGACGUGCAGCCGGCGCAGCGCGCACGCGGCGACGACGAGACGGACGAGCGGCAGAGGGGCGCCGUAGGAGCGCAGGACCGUCCGGCGGCGCCCCGUCACCGGGUUCAUCGAUGGCCCGUAGACGUUGGCGGCGUCGUGCGCUCGACCCAGGACGUUCCGGGACCUGUUUUUCGAGACGCCGCAUUUGUCGUACUCCUCGACGGGGAUGUGGCCCUCCCAGCAGCGCUCGAGCUUGACGAGCCCGAUGUGGCGCGGGGUGGCCGGUUCGGAGGGAGGGGCACGCUUUGCGGACAUAAUCCACCAGGGAUGAUCUAUCCGGCGGAACUGUUCUCGAUCGCGUUUUCCCUCUCUUGCCGGCGAUUCAUCGAUGUUGCGUUUAAAUCCCCGGGAACUGUCAGCCUGAUUCGGGCCUGGGUUAUGUGGGUCACCGCGAGUCUCCGAGUACACUCGUUACCUUCAUUACAAGUCAAGACAGAUGACCUGCGUCCAACCAUCUGGGAGGUCAGGAAACGGGAGGAGGCAAACGCGAUCGAGCGCCGAGGACUGCAGACUGCGCCAUCCCGCACGGCGCACGUCUCUCGCCUCCUCUCACCUUGGCGCGGGCCCACCCGCUCUGAACGGACCACGGUCGGCAGACCGUGCCAUUGGCAGCGUACCAGCGCUGCAGGGCGCACUGCGGUCGACCCGCAUCCACACCGUCCCGGCGCCUCUCAACACCUCGCCGCACGCAAUCCGCUGAGCUCGAGCUCCAACGACCAUCGCCGCCCCGAUGCACAUCUCUUUGGUCGUCCCACCCGCUCGCCCAACAUACACCGCCGUCCCGUUCAUGCACGCCUCUUUGGCGGUCCCCUCCGCCCUCCACGCAUAUACCCACUCAACCACACUUGCUCGCCCGAUCUCCAGUCCCCAUUUACGCUCUGUCAACGAACACCCACCAUCGGCCACACGCACCAAGAGAUCCGGCGUCCGACGUACCGUGGCUCCCUCCGCAUCGCUACGCCCAAUGCCCGUCAUCUUGUAAAGGCCGGGAGCGGCGGUAGACGACAGAGUUUCGCAGCCACUCCCUCAAAUCAAACAUAUCGUGUUCUCGCCCCGCACGUGGAUCCCACUUCAUCGGACAUCGGAUCAGCACUCGGCCACCCACACUCACCGGAUGGUCUGUACGCGUCGACGAGCAACACGACCGCGGGCGUCUUGCGCCGGGGCGAGCUGCCGUCCCCCCUACCAUUGUACCGCGCCCGUUCCUGCCCGCUCCUACAACACGUCGUUCGCGCCUGGCAUCGCCACGACAAAACAGACCUCGCUGACUUACACAGGAACAGGCCCGCCCGCCCGCCCGCACCUGAUUUCGCCGGCUUUGCAGUAACCACGCCCCCGGCUGACUUCAUUCCAUCAUCCAUCGGUAUCGACGCUGCCCACCUUCUCGCCGCCCUGCUCGACAUCCGUCCGUUCAAGUCACCGUUCCCCUCUCCCAAUUCUCACACCUUCCGUGCCCCUUCAUUGUACAGUCAUCCCCCUCAUAACCCAUACCCCCCUCAACGCAUACUCACACGCAACGCGUGGCUCGAGGCCCUCCGGAGUUGGCGCAGUGGGCAUAACACAUACGCGGGGAAUGCGCAGAAUACGCGCGCGCUCCACGGGUCCCAGAGAGAACAUUCGUUCUCGCAGAACACCACCCGCGGUAGUCGACAUUUCGAUGCACCACUCGCUGGGCGCUUGCGUACGCCCGGGCGACGGCCGUCACCCGGCACGACAGAGCACACCGCGGGGGUCUUCUGGGCCGGUGCGGGGCAGGACAGUACCGACGGGUUUGCUCACACUGUCAUUGGUACCUACGGACACGACUCGGACGGCGAUUCCCUGCCCGACUUGUACACCCCCGAGUCCGUGUCUGAUACAACAGACUCCGAUUAG